CACUUGCCGUGAUUGGCUCAUAUGACGUCCUCCCAUUCUCCGCGCAUCUGUCACACUGACAGAGGAGAGGAGAGCCGGUAAUCAGCUUUCUGCGGAGGGGACAUGUACACUGAUCAUCAGGGCACUGAUGAUCAGUGUGCCCUGAUGAUCAGUGUAGCCCCAGCAGUGCCAGCUGUCAGUGUCCAUCAGUGCCACAUCAAUGCCACAUAUCAGUGCCUACCAGUGCACAUCAAUGCCACAUAUCAGUGCCCAUCUGAGCUGCCUUUCAGUGUUACCCAUCAGUGCCAGUCAGUGCCACCUAUCAAUGCCAAUCAGUGCCACCUAUCAGUGCUGCCAAUCAGUGCUGCCUAUCAGUGCCAUGUAUCAGUG